AUAGGAGGACACGGUAGCGAAUUAAAAGUCAACACCACUGGAAUAAAGUUAACACCGAACAGCAUCAGCCCAGGGUCGGACACAUUCUUGAGCAAACCUUAAUUGUUGUUGUUUUUGUCAACACACCAGUCGGAGUACUGAAAAUAGAAAGCUGAAGUUCAUUUGGGACAACAAAGGAGUUUAGGUUCAUAGUAUGUCUCUAGGUUAGGUCCUUAACAAUAAUGAAGCGUUUGUCUUUCAAACCCAGCUCAGACCACUUGCUGCUGUGGGUCUUCUUGAGUCUACUUUGGGGUGUAAUUGACUCCACCACAACAUCAUUAUCAAGCACUGAACCGAGAGCAGUCACAAGCCCACAACUGACAACAAAACCACCUCCUGACAAGGUUGGAGCAGUGACGGUGGUGAACCAGAAUGAAAGCAGUAUAACUCUGAGGUGGAACAAAGUCAACGACAUCCUAGAUUACACCCUACAAUAUGAUGACAAUGGAGAACUCAUAGUAAAAAAUAUUGCUGCAUCUUCUCAAGGUGCAUCAGUAGAAUACGUGGUCUCUUCUCUGACUGCUGGGACAAACUACAGUUUCACUCUCUUCACUGUGUUUGGCGGAGUCAGCAGCACUGAACACACCUUUAAUGCUGUGACAGCUCCUGAAAAUGUUGGAGAAGUGACGGUGGUGAGCCAGACUGAAAACAGUAUAACUCUGAGAUGGACCAAAGUCAAGGCCAUCCCAGAUUACACCCUACAAUAUGUUUACAAUGAAACAUCCAUAGUGGAAGAUAUUGAUGCAUCUUCUCAAGGUGCAUCAGUAGAGCACGUGGUCUCUCCUCUGACUGAUCGGACAAAAUACAAUUUCACUCUGUUCACUGUGUUUGAGGGAGUCAACAGCACUGGAUACGACUUUGAUGCUGUGACAGCUCCUCGUAACACUGAAGAGCUCAAAGCAGUUGGACAAACUGAGACCAGUAUAACUCUGCAGUGGAAACAAGUGAUUGGCAUCGACACGUAUAUACUUGUAGUGAAUGGCAAGGAGGAAAACAUUACUUUACCAGCAGAACUUGUGACUUACACAGUGUCAGAUCUGACAAGUGGGACUAGAUAUGAAUUUAGUCUCUUCACUGUGUUUGAAAAUGUCAGCAGCAGCGGAGUGAGCCUCACUGCAGUCACUGCUCCUACAAAUGUUGGAGCCGUGAUGGUGGAGGACCAGAAUGAAAGCAGUAUAACUCUGAAGUGGACCAAAGUCAACAACAUCCUAGAUUACACCCUACAAUAUAAUGACAAUGGAAAACCCAUAGUAGAAAAUAUUGAUGCAUCUUCUCAAGGUGCAUCAGUAGAAUACGUGGUCUCUCCUCUCAGUUCUGGGACAAAAUACAAUUUCACUCUCUUCACUGUGUUUGAGGGAGUCAGCAGCACUGAACACACCUUUGAUGCUGUGACAGUUCCUCCAAUGGUGAGCUCUGUCCGUGUGACUGAUCGCUCAGUGACCAACGUAACGCUACUGUGGGACAAUGUGAAUCCAGACUGGGAAUACUUGCUUGAAAUGAAUGGAAGAAAUGAGACACUGACACCAGAUCAAUCCUCGAAUGUUAUAUCACAUUCAGUCACAUCUCUUGAGCCUGGAGCAGAGCAUGCAUUCAGCCUGAUCACAGUGUUCUCUGGACUCAACAGUGCUGCAUUUAAAGGCAGCACAGUAACGGCCAUUGACUGUGCCAGUGUAAAGUGGCAUGUUACUGACUCAUCAAUCCAAGGAACAGUUGAAGGCUUGUUCACGAGUGCUACUGCCACUUACAAUUCGCAAACUUAUGUCAGUCCUGGAGGUAGAGAUGUGUCUUUUACUGGCCUUGUAUCGGGUGCAACCUAUGGGAUAUCUCUUGAGUAUGAAACAUCACCCGAACCACUUAAUCAGUGUCGCCACAACAUAAUAGUUCUUCCUUCUCCCCUUUCAAGAGCUGAUUGUAAUUACUGGGCAAGUGGUUAUUCUGUCCAGAUUGUGUGGCGCUCUCCAACUGGUGUGUGGACUCUAGUGGAGGUGAACGUGAUUGGGGAAACUCACACAGUGCAUAAUGAUGACAACGACGAACAGGAAAUCAUAAUAUCGGGAUUCCAACCUGCCAAAACAUAUCAAGUAUCUUUAAAUGUAUUGUCUGGGGACGUAAGGAGUUCUAAACCAUUUGUUUUUCAGUGUUCUACUGAUCCAAGGGGAGUCAUUGCAGGGUCAGUAGUUGCUGUGCUGCUUUUUUGUAUCCUGGUCUGUGUGGCUCUUUUCAUUUAUUUUAAAAGACCACAUCUUAUCAGCAGAAAAAAGUCAUUCAUUAGUGGAUCCAAACUACCUAAAACACAGAGCAAAGGUAUUCCAGUAGCACAGUUCCCAGACCACUUCAAAAAAUUAAAUGCGGAUGAUAACAGAGGUUUCAGCGAAGAAUAUGAGGGCCUCGCUCCUGUUGGCAUAAACCAGACACAAAAGACUGCUGAGCUACCGGAGAACAAAGUGAAGAAUCGUUUUAAGAAUGUGCUGCCAUAUGACUGGUGUCGGGUGAAGCUAUCUACAUCAAAUGGGACCUCAGAUUACAUUAAUGCAAAUUACAUGCCAGGCUACAACAGCAAGAGAGAGUACAUAGCCACUCAAGGUCCUCUACCCGCCACCGUCAAUGAUUUCUGGAGAAUGAUUUGGGAACAAAGAGUGAAAGGCAUUGUCAUGGUAACCAACUGCAUUGAAAGUGGAAAGGUCAAGUGUGAACAAUACUGGCCUGCAGACAGCAAGCCUCGUCUUUACGGAGAGCUGUCGGUCACCAUGAGAUCCGAACAACAGGAACUUAACUGGGCAUUGAGGGAAUUUAGUGUGAAACGUAGCAACACCUCAGAGGAACGCUCAGUCAAACAUUUCCAUUUCACUGCCUGGCCUGAUCAUGGAGUCCCGGAGGGCAGUGAAGUCCUGAUCAAUUUCAGAAGACUGAUGAGACGCCACAUAGAGAACGAAGGAACUGGAGCACCGACUGUGGUUCACUGCAGUGCUGGAGUGGGGAGGACAGGCACUAUCAUUGCCCUGGAUGUGCUGCUCCAGGAGUUUGAGAAAGAACGAGCAGUGGGCAUCAAAGAGUUUGUUCACAAGAUGAGACUGAAUCGUCCACACAUGGUGCAGACAGAGUCGCAGUAUGUUUUCCUGCACCAGUGCAUCGUGGACUCUCUGCUGCCAUAUCAGAAGCCUGAAGAUAACGUAUAUGAGAACGUAGACUUGAUAUAUGAAAAUGCUACUGCACUCCAACAGUUGCGUUAAAACAAACUAGUAUCCAUCCUGCACUCAGUCUUAUUUGCACUAAAUGACAAACUAAUUCUGAUGUUUAAAUGCUAUAUUUUGUUGUAAAUGCAAUAUCAAAAAAAUCACCAUCUUAACUAUUCACCGUAUAUGCAUAGCACACUUUAGAUUUUAAUUUAACUUUUACAUUUUUGUUCCUCUCUUCUGUGAAAUAUAUACUAUGAUUAUUAUUACUGUUUUUGUUAUCGUGUGAGGAAACAACAUUACAGAUGACUAAGGAAUGUUUUAAAAUUACAUUUAAUAACAAUAAGAAAUGUGUAUAGAAAACGAUAACUUGUACAAGAAAUAAAAUAUGUUCACAAAAA